UGGAGGAAAUACGUGGUUGUCACGCCCAGCCUGUUGAGCAGGUGUAGCAGGUUACAGGUAGGCCGACAGUAAACACGCAGUCACACCGUGCACGUCUGGAGAGAUAUGAACAAGUGACCCGGCAGGCAACAUAAACUCAACCACUUUGCCCCUUGUGUCUUUUAGUCGUCUCAAUCAAGAUGAAGCUCGCGAUUUGUUUGGCCUUCCUGAGUGUGGCUGUGGUGGCUGUAAUGAUUUUCCAGGCCGUGCGCCAGGAGUUGAACCUGCGUGUUUUGAAAAGCCGCACGGUGGAGAACACUGAGCAGAUCAAGAGGAAAGAGAAUACCAUCAUCGAAGUGAAAAGCAAAAUCCAGGCGAUGAAAUCAAAGCUGGUGUUCGUCAACACCAACAUAGAUACGCUGAAGAAGAAGAAGACAGACAGUGACCAAAAAGCACAGGACCUCAGUAAAAAUCUGCAGACCUGUAACACAGAGAAGGAAGAUGUUGAGAAGAAGACCUCAGGUAUGAGAGAGAGCAUGACUAAACUCAAAGCUGAUCACGAACAGGCUAAAAAGAAGGCUGAAGAGGACAUUCAGAGCUUGAAACAACAGAUUUUGGAUAGAGACAAAGCUAUUUGUGCCUUUGCCGAUACAUCCAAGGAGGAAGCACGGAGGCUGUGUGGACUCUAAAUAAAGUAAACUCAGAAACAUUCAACUGUUGAGAACAUUAAAAAAAGAAGCAUACCAUGCAAAUGAGGAUAAAAUUUGUAAUAUUGCUGAUGUGAGUACAGCUCUGAUGGUUUUCUUAUGAGAAAGAAACAGCUGUUUGUACAUUAAUUUAUUGGACAAAUUGCACAGACAUAGGGAGUUGGGAAAUAUGUUGCACAGUUUUGUACCAUUUUGUAAUGUGAUUGUUUUGGUGGGAUCUAGUUAUGCCCUUUGUCUCUGUAAAAUACUUGUGAUUUCAGCGUCCACAAAUAAAUGGACUUGACUGUCA